AUGCUUCUGCACUCACCUUAAAAUGCCGACGCGCUGAUCAGCUGCAGCAGUUUCAGCCUGAUUUGGAAUUAGUCCGUCCGUCAAAAUGUCCGUGAAGGUCCUGUUCGUCUCCGUCCUCCUGCUCGCCGUGUGCCUCUACUUCGAGUCCUUUGCAGAUGCCACUCCCCCAGGAGGUCGGCAUGCUGGGAAGAAGCGGCCGUGCUGCACCGACGUGACCAAAGCUAACUUCAGCCGUAUCGUGAUCGGCGACACUUAUCGAGAGCAACAGGCCAAAGAACACUGUGUGCACGCCAUAAUUUUCAACACAAAUGAAGGACAACCACUUUGUGCCGAUCCCGAUGCUAAAUGGGUCAAGCAGCUCCUCGCCAACAUGACGAAGGAGUGAAGCGUCGCUGCCUGUCUGAGCAAAUACUCUCCUGCUGCUGUACAUAACAGCAACAUGCAUAUACACUUAUAUAUCCUACUGUAUGCAUCACUCACAUUUAUAUACACAGAAAACCUAUAAUCCAACAGUAAUAUAUGUUGUAACCCAAAAUAAAGUGUGUUGUUGUUUUGUUAAUAAAUGUUUUACUAAAACUA